AUGGCCGUCACUUCAACGUGUAGCAUGCCGAUCAUCAACUUCUCGAGCUAUCACCGAAAGCGCACGUCGUCGAUAGAGCUCCCUGAGGCUACCGCGUGGUUCGAACAUCUUCAGCUCACCAUGCAGACCGUCCCAAGCGGCCGAAGUGUGCGCUACGAGGUGCACGCCACGUACACCCCACCUUGCUGCCAAGACGCAGAGAUCGAGUGGACUGUCAGUCACCCAUUCGACGGCUAUCGUCGUCUCCGCAAGCAGUUAUUGCGCAGACUGCGGCCGAAUCACGUCUGCCCCGCCGAGUGCAAGUGGCUACACUCUGUCAUCAAGAACCAUUUCCCCAAGCCCAAAUUCCUCGCCCCCAACGCGGCAAGAACAGCAGAAGCACGUCGAGAGUCUCUCAUUAGAAUACUCAGGACGCUUCAAGCUUCACUGGUGAACCGAGGCAACCAAGGCUGCAACGUGCUGGUGCACGACGUUUGCUUCGACUUCGCCUCGUUCAUUCUGGGCAACAACUCGAAAUUGCCCGAAAUUUCCAUGGCAAUGGCGCUGUCAUCGCGAUGUAGCUCAGAUCAGAGCACACGCGAUUCUUCAGCAUCUUUCAUUCGUGGUCGAGGUUACUGCAAGUCCGAAUCGGGUCAGUGA